GAUCCGACACAAUACCGCCACAUCCGGGUUCGAAUCGCAUACCCCGGGUCGGGUUUUCGUUCCUUCCCUUCUUCAAGCUUCAACCCCCAUGCUGGCUCAGCGAGUUUAGGGCCCGAGCUUUUUAUUCUGAAUCGAGAAUGGCUAGGGUUUACAGCAAUUGGGAUAGGCUGGUUCGAGCCACCUUGAGAAGAGAGCAGUUACGAGAUUCAGGCAGGCCAAGGCCAUGAGCGUGUCAACAGCGGACUCGCCGGAGCCGUUCCGCCGUCACUCGGCCGAGCUACGACAUCGAUGCUAUCUUAUCUUACAAGCUGCUGACGAGAUUCAGGCCGAAGAUCCUAACGUCGCGAGGAUCCUGUGUGAGCAAGCGUACUCUAUGGCGCAGAACUUGGACCCUAACAGUGAUGGUAGAGGUGUUCUUCAAUUCAAAACUGGUUUGAUGUCAGUCAUUAAGCAAAAACUUGCCAAGAGAGAUGGAGCUUCGAUAAACCGUGAUCGUGAUAUUGAACGACUAUGGCAGUUUUACCAACUUUAUAAAAGACGGCAUAGAGUGGAUGAUAUCCAAAGGGAAGAGCAAAAAUGGAGGGAAUCAGGAACUGCUUUUUCGUCUAAUGUUGGGAGUAUGAUCUUGAAGAUGAGGAAGGUCUUUGCCACUUUGAGGGCCUUAGUUGAAGUGUUAGAGGUGUUAAGUAGAGAUGCAGAUCCAAAUGGUGUUGGGAGGUCUAUCAGAGAGGAGCUUGGGCGAAUUAAAAAGCUGAUGCAACUUUGUCUGCGGAACUAA